UCAUAGCCAUGCUGGAUCAAAGUAUCAUCGGUCUUGGUAUUAUUAUCACCUUGGCUGCGGUUUUUAAUUUUUCUAUUCAUAAAAUUGAUGAGGGUCACGUCGGUGUUUACUUUCGGGGAGGUGCAUUAUUACCACAAGUUAGUCAACCAGGAUUUCACAUGAUGGUCCCACUGCUAACUACAUUUAGGUCUGUUCAAGUUACAUUACAAACUGAUGAAGUUAAAAAUGUUCCUUGUGGUACCAGUGGUGGUGUGAUGAUUUAUUUUGACAGGAUUGAAGUUGUUAAUAUUUUAGAUUCUAAUGCAGUUCACCACGAACUUAAUCAAUUCUGUUCCAUUCACACUCUCCACGAAGUCUACAUCGAUUUAUUCGACCAAAUAGACGAAAACCUAAAGAAUGCGCUGCAAAAAGACUUGAAUGAGCUUGCUCCAGGUCUAAGUAUCCAAGCAGUCCGGGUAACAAAACCCAAAAUACCGGAAACAAUACGGAAAAACUACGAAUUGAUGGAAGGCGAGAAAACCAAGUUGCUGAUAUCAAUCCAGCACCAGAAAGUUGUGGAAAAAGACGCAGAGACAGAUCGGAAAAAAGCAUUGAUUGAAGCAGAAAAAGAGUCCCAGGUUGCGGCGAUUCAGUACAACCAGAAGAUCAUGGAGAAGGAAUCUCUGCAACGUAUGGCUUCGAUUGAAGAUGCGAUGCACUUAGCGCGCGAGGAAAGUCGCUCUGAUGCUGAUUUUUACCAGAUGAAGAAACAAGCUGAAGCUAAUAAACUAUUACUCACCAAAGAGUUCCUGGAACUGAAGAAAUACGAGUCCUUAGCCAAGAACGCUAAGAUCUACUACGGGCAAGACAUACCCAAGAUGUUCUCAAUGGGAGGAUGCUCCAAUGAUCCGGAUCUUGGUGUUCAUUCUAGUGCAGAUGUUGAUAAGAAUAAUGGAGUUUAA